CAGCUGAUCAGACGGAGAAGAGACAAGCGCACCGCUAGCAUCCAUAAUGAUAAUCCUGUCUCAUCGCCCGGACAGCGUUUGAAAUGAAAGCGACAAAACCGUAAAGCCACCUCAAACUCUGAAAACCCCUGGACUAAUACCUGACGCUCUCUGUGUUUGUGUUUUCCAGCAUCGAGCAGCGGAUCUUGUGGGAAACAGCAGAGCGAGCCCUGUCCCCUGCUUCUCUUCACCUCUGUUUACUGGAAAGUUCCUCUCCUCUCCUGGCUACUGAAAGGCCUUUUUCCAAUCGCAGUGCCAGAAAGGGACGCUGCUGUGAAAGCCACAGUGUCAGACUGAACUGGAUUCAAUGAGGGAGCCAGAUCGGGAGGAGCAGUCUGAAGACAACAUGCCCCCCAAGUUUAAACGACACCUCAAUGACGACGAGGUCACUGGAUCCAUUCGCAGCGAGAGGAGGAACCUUCUGGAGGAGGACUCUGAUGAGGAGGAAGACUUCUUUCUGAGAGGACCCACGGGACCCAGAUUUGGACCUCAGAAUGACAAAUUCAAGCAGGUGCAGUCGCAGGUCGAUGAGGUGAUAGAUGUGAUGCAGGAGAACAUCUCCAAGGUGAUAGAGAGGGGCGAGCGGCUCGACGACCUGCAGGACAAGUCAGAGAGCCUAUCGGACAACGCGUCUGCCUUCAGUAGCAGAGCCAAACAGCUGCACAGGAGGAUGUGGUGGAGAGACAUGAAGAUGAAGAUGAUUAUUGCCUUGGUAGUUGUUGCCCUCCUGCUCAUUAUCAUCAUUCCAGUGAUCCUGCGAUAUCGCUAGUGUCCGACGAGGAGGAUGGGGAACAAAGCUCCUCUCCCUCUCUUUCUCUCUCUCUGUCUCCUUUGCACACAGUCCUCCACUCCAGCUAGGGGGCGCCAGCAGACUCCCACAUCAUCCUCAGCAUCAGCCUGUGCGCCUUCAAGAAUCUGCCCUCAACUUGCCCUCAGUACAGAUCUUAUCAUCGGUAUUUCCACACAAAUCUGCUGUGGGAUCAGUACAAAGGCUCGGUUUGAGGGGACACAGGAGACUUGUGGGGAUAUUUUAAUGCAGUUCGGGAGAAAACGCUGACUCUCAGCCCUCUAGUCAAUGUGAAGGAGUGCUCCAUGCCAUGAUACAUAUCACGUGUAGGGCCCGUCUUUGCCUUGACAAUAGGGAAACUCAAGGUCCUACAUAUUACAUCAUAUAGUUAGAUACUGUAAACGCAGGGAAUCCAUGCCCAAUCGUCUCUCUUAGUUUAGCUGGUCUGAAUCUGCUGCAGCAGCCUCGUAUAAAGUGGGCUUUAACAUUUAGCGAAUGAACCUCAGAUGUCUACCCAUGAUUCCUUGUGUGCUGUCUUCUUGCUGCGAGCGUUUAUAGGGAACAUUUUGUGAACACAAGCACAUUUCACCGCUCAGCACGAGGCGAGGGAACAUCUGAGGUUCAUCUGUGUAGUCAAACAGUGGCUUCUUUUAAUCAUCAAAAAAAAGGCUUUCUGACAGCAAAGUGAUUUCACUUAUCAGGUAUGUUUGCUCCUCAGUACAGAUGAUUUGGAAAAGGGCCUAGAAAACGAUGGUCAUCUGUUUAGAAAACAUGCUGCUUUCUAACAUUAUUCCACUCCAUAAAUCACCGCUCUCCAUCUCUGCCUCCUGAUAGCUUGUUAUACUGUACAGCAGGACCACGUCGAACCAAAACAUCCAGGUUAUGAAUGUCUCCUCACCUCUCUCCUGGGUUGUGCCGAGCUCUGGACCGCUUUGGUCACGGCUGUCCUACUUUCCUGCUCGCGACAUAAAACUGUCUCUCACACUACAGAUGGUUCUGUUUGGUUUUAAUACUGCUUCUUUCUUUAUUUUUUUCUCUCUAUCUAUAAUUUCUUAUUUCUGCUGAUCGCUCAAUGUGAUGCUUGUAUGAAUGCUGGUAUUCCCGUUGCCGCUGAAGGGACAUUUUGUCUCUCUGUACUGUUACAUUAUGAGCAGGGGUAAUUUUAAGUGAUGCAAGUUAAAAGUUGAGCUGUGAAACAAAACUUAGGUGUCAAUGUGUCCAGAUUAAUUAACUGUAUAAUACAUUGUCAUUUUAUUAUUUUUUAAAGUAAUUUAUUUUAGCUGUAAAUAUUGAUUCUGUAAUGAUGUACAAAUACUCUGGCAUUGCAUUGGAAGACUGUGAUAUACUGAUACUUUUUGCUCUGAAUUAAAGUGAUUUUAAAGGG